GUGUGUGUGUGUGUGUGUGUGUGUGUGUGUGUGUGUGUGUGCGGGUGUGUGUGUGUGCACCAGGCCUGCUGCUAUGAGUCAUUUAAUAUAUCCAGUCACCCGCUGAUAAUUGUUCUCAUGUGGUUUUUCUCAGUCAAAGCUGAAACCCCUAUCCCUCCGAAGAAAGGGGGCAAUGGUUUUAUCAUCGCAGUCAUCAUUAUCUGCAUCCUGCUGCUGGCCAUCUUGGGGAGUGUGCUCUACUUCCUCUACAAAAAGGGCAAGAUCUGUGGGCGGUCCGGCAAGCAAGACCUCACUAAAGAGAAGUCCAGCAAAGAUAACAUCGUGGUGGAGAUGAAGAGCGACAACACUGAGGAAGCUGUGCUCCUCGGGGUCAACGGGGAAAAGCAACCUCCCAGCCACCAGUAAAGGGCGGUGCGUACCUGAAUGUACAGAAGUGAGGAGGCAACUGCAGACACACCACAACAGCUGCUCCUGUUCUUCCCUCUCAGGCUCAGACCGGCCGAUGCCUUCAGUCUUCCACCACAGCCCCUUAUCCCAGAGUUAUGUCAUGGAAAAGUCGCCUGUCAGUCAAUAUCGUGAUGCUGUCGGAGUCUCAAGUUAUUCUAUGCUGCAGCUUUUGCUUACCGUCUGUUACAUCCAGCAACAUCUUCUGUUGGAAUGAGCUUUAAUGAGAAGUAACUUGAGCACUCCAUGACGUAACUCUGCGAAUAAAUCUUCCACCAUCGAAACGAGGACUAUCCUUCGCCUAUGGUUCUUAUUACCAAAAGCCUUGUAUACUGCUGAUUGUCUGUCGAACAAUAAUUUGAGCACAACAUUGACCAGGGACUGUUUUUAUACCCGACUACACCUCACCUCAGGCAAAGUAAUCACUGAAGAGCAGCCUGAAACAGCUCUUUGUCCAGUGUACAUAUUAUAAUCUGUGUAUAUAUUUCUUUAUUUAAAAAUAACACGAUAGAAAAAAAAAAAACAAUCAAAAAUAAAUGACCAGAUAGUGUUUUAUUUAGUUUGGGUGCUCUUUAUGGAGAGCAACAAGUUCUUGUUUUUAUUUUUAAUAAUGUUUUGUCUCUCUGCUUCCUGUUCUGCUUAAGUCUGUACACUGAAAUCUUUGGGGGCCCGACGAUGCGGCCCCUACAUCCAGUUACAGCCACACCAAAGGUUUUCCCUUUAGCUCUGAAAACGAACUCUUUAGGUAGUUUAAUCGCACAUCAGUCACAGUUGUAGUCGUUUGUUUGUCCACAUUGCAGAAGAUAUUUUUUGCAAGAUGGGUGAAUAAUACUUUCAGCAUUUGAUAUUGAAGGGUUAAUAUUAUUUGUAGUUCUCUUUACUCUACGUUUUCUUUCCUUCAGUCUAGUUUUGAUAUUUUCUGUGUGUGUUUGAGUGGAAGCGUUGCCAACAGCCAAGUUCAAAAGUUACAGAUGCCUUAGAAAUGAAAUCAAAGCGUGUAGAAGUAAUCAUUUCUAUUGUUAGUUAUGUUUCUAUUUAAUGUUCAGUGCACUGAUUUCUGACAGUGGUUUGGUUGAAUGUGAAAGUAUUUCUGUGGUUAUUUUUUAAGAGGAAGGAUGAGGGCAGAACAGAUUGUUUCUGUGGUGAAUAUUGUUCACGGCAUGAAGUUACCCUCCUCAAAAGGAAAAGACAUUAUUCUGUGUAAUGAAUUAACGAAUUCAUGUUUUGACUGAAUGGUGAAAUAAUCUGUUGGAUCCCAGAGAGAGACAUAGAAUCCCCCUCAGACAUGAUGACUGACUAUAAUUUCUGACUACUGAGGAGGGGGGAAUGACUGUGACUCCACAUAUGCAAAUGAAGUUUGUAGACAAUCAACAAUGAAUAUGCACUGUGCUCACUGCUCAAUGAUGUGCAGGUAUCCUCUAUACUCACCCUUCCUACUCUGUUGGUCUGUUUUGUUUAAGAACUACCACUGUUAAU